AGCUGCGUUAGAGACGUCUUCUUCUGUAGUUUUUCUUCGGCUUCAUGGUGUCCAAAUUUUCCGCCUCACUUUCCCGUUUGCACAUCAUGAUUAACUAUCCCCAGCUCGCCUGGACAUUAACUGUAUUGUUUGAAGAACGUUUGACACUGAAAAAUUGAAUGCAGUUCAUGAGAACGUGAACCCUAAGACCUCUUUCCCUUUCCACUUAUCUCUGAACAAAGGGCUGCUUCUUUUCACAGGUUCGAAAAUAACUUUGGAGAACAAUGGAAAGACGAUCUCUUCGUCGCACUAAACCUGAACGAAAGAAAUACAAGCAUUGGAGAGGACAACCUGUGUGUUCUUUCACUGGAAAGCGGGUUAAUUUAAACGUUCAGGUUUAACCCGAAUUUUCUAAGGAGGCACACGCGAAGUUCCGGGACACGAUUCUGGAGAUACGGUGAAAGGGGUUACAACUUCCAUGUCGGUCGGCCUUUGUUCAUACGUAACAAAGGUCAAACUGUCCACCAAUAACACCUAUCGUUAUUGGGAGAAACCCUUCCAAGGUUAAUCAAUCGUCAACCAUGGGUAUAGAGGCGAAUAUAAAAGGGGAGCUGGGCACUGCGGGCGUUCGUGACGACUAAGUCGGAUCUUCCAACGGAGUGCUGUUCUGGACGUGGAAAUGCUAUCGAUCACAAAGUCCAAGAAAGAUCAUCCACUUUUGCAACACAAUGGUUAUUCCUAUCGCCUGGAUAGACUGAACGAGAACACCGGACAGAGGACAUGGAGGUGCUCGAAAAAAAGCUGCAGCGGUCGAGCCACAACAGCGGGGUGGGACAGUGCACUGACCCUCGUCAAGACCACCGGCGAGCACCAGGGUCACCUGCCGAAUCACGAUGUCUGUCGGGCAGAGGAAGUGAUUGCUGCGGUCAAGCAGAAAGCCAGGACAACCGAUUAUCAACCGCGAAUGAUGAUUGCGCAAGCUACCAGUGGCCUAACAAGUUCUGAGCGGCUGAAGCUUCCCUCGGUAAGCGCAUUGGCCCGCUCAGCACAAGGGCACGCCGCGCCUUAAACAUGUCGCUGCCUGCUCCACAGCAUAUUCACGAGAUCGACCUCCCCAGCUGGCUUGAAUCGCUUCCAGACGGGCGAUCGUUCUUGCUGUAUGACUCUGGCGCACAAGACAAAGAUCGCCUAUUCAUGUUUGCGACGGACGAGAACCUUCGACUCCUCAGCCAGUACGCUGACUGGUUCGCCGAUGGCACUUUCGACGUCUCGCCGUCGCUCUUCCAUCAGGUCUGUACCAUCCACGGACUUGUUCAUGGCAAGGUGCUACCGCUAGUCUACUGCCUGAUGACCAAACGGAGCCAGGAAGCCUACGGGCGCGUUUUCAGGACACUCAAGGAACUUUGCCCCCGACUGUCACCUCAGACGUUAAUGAUGGAUUUUGAAGUGACGGCCAAGCGAGCUUUUCAGUCGGUGUUCCCGACAGCCAAAGUGACGGGCUGCUUCUUCCACCUAAAACAGUCGUUUGUUCGUCGGAUGCAGGAGGAGCACCUCAUCGUCAGAUAUCGUGAGGACGGUGACUUCCGAAGAAGAGUGAGCAUGAUACCGGCACUGGCGUUUGUUCGACCCGGUGACAUUGCGCGAGGACUGGAAGAGCUCCAAGACGAUGCUCCCUCAACAGACGACGGCCUCAACAAAAUGUUCGAUUACUUCGAGAGGACGUACGUGGGCUCCAGCAUCGGAAGGAGCCGCUCGCGUAGGCCAGCACUUUUCCCGCAUGACUUCUGGAGCUGCUACGAACGGAUCACCGAAGGGCUCCCGAGGACCAACAACCACGUCGAGUCCUGGCACAAUGCAUUCCAGAAGUCCUUGGGGCUGCAUCAUCCGGACACGUACAAGCUAGUGGCCGCAUUCCUAAGGGAGCAGAGCUUGACAGAGCAGAAGCUGGCAGAUGUACUUCGCGGAGAGCCUCAAAGGAGCAGCAAGGCCACCUACGUCCGCGUAGCAAAGAAUCAGAGCAAGCUGGUUGAAGAGUACGACCAAAGGUGCAUGCUAGAGUACCUCCGCGGUGUCGCGCAAUCAUUCAGUCUUUGAAAUUUUUUUUUAGUACUAUGGAACGGAAAUUGAUAAACAACUAUAUUUCCGAAACUCUG